AUGAUUUCUAAAUUCGCAGCUGCUCUUCUUCUUUUGGCUAUCGCCGCUGAGGCCAAGCCAUGUUUCGGAAGAUGUGGAGGACGACCACCACCACCAUGUGGACUCCCACCAUUCCUUGAGGAUCUUCCAUCUGAUGCUCAAGAGAAGAUCAAUGAGAUCUGGAAGGACUAUAAGGAGGGAGAUAAGUGUUACGAGGAGCAAGGAUUGACUCGUGAAGUGAUGGAAUCUCUUCCAAAAGACGUUCGAAAGAGCAUCCAUAAGAGACCACCACUUCCAUUCCUCCGUGGACUUCCAAAGGAUAUUCUCGCCAAGUUCGACGCCAUUUUCAAGGAUAAAUCUAUUCCAUUCUCCCAAAAACCAGAGAAAAUUGAUGCUCUUGCUCAGGAAUUGCUCACUGGAGAUAACUUGAAGAAGUUCCAAGAAUUCAAGGAGAAGAAGGAGAAGGAAGAUAAGGAAUACAAGGAGAAGGAAGCCAAGCUCUCCCCAGCUGCCAAGGAAGCUUACGAGAAACUCGAAGCUCUCGGAAAACAAAAGUGGGCCAUCAUCGAAGAUCUCGAUGAAGACGUCAAGGAUGAGCUUUUCGAUUUGUGGAAGAGCCGUCCACAUGGACCACCAAGACAUCAUUAA